AUGGUCCACGCCGUCGACACCAUGCCCACUGCAACUGUUGCAUUGGGUCGCCCCCGCAAGGGUACUUUCCAAGAGAUUCCCGUUUCCUCAACCUCCCACCCCGAUAACCCUAUCCCAGAAGAGCCGCGUGGGGUACGAUCCCUCUCGGUCACUGAUUUUACUCUCAAUGGUUUUGCUUCAUCAGAGUCCGACUCCAAUGGCUCUGACUGUCCCUCCACUCCGCUUACACCCCCCGAUACCCAGAGUGAGGAAGAGCUUGCUUCCAAGCCCAAUGGCCGACGACGACGAGCCUCAACCGUCCUGAUCUCACAAAACUCCGAGGAUAUGAGAAGAGUGCUUGAGAACGUCGGUACAGGGGGCACACAGAAGAUCCAGUCCAUGUGCUGUGGUGGGGGUUGUUGCCGAGGUAGGCCACUGCAGGCGCUGGAUGGUCCUAUCUCCGGGUUCAAUUCGAUCACUGCCCCAGACAACAAGGCUUUUGCUAGUUUGAACCUUAAUUUGAACCUCCUCACGCUGGACAGUGAGCUUUCCAACAUGGCACCACUCCCGGAGAAGACGGUGUUUUUCUCGUCCGCCCCCGCGUCUGCUCGGCAUCUGCCGAUGGGGCCAUCAGAUCACCCCCCGCAAUUCGUGCAGCCUCAUCCCCCAUAUGAGGUUUACCGUGCGCCUCUCCACUCUGCCCGUGAGUUGACCAAGGGCGGUGCUGAGAAGCGCACCUACCACUUUGAUAUUGACGUCACCGACUACCCUGCCGAGAGUGGAAUGGUGGAUUUCGUGGUUGGAGGCGCAAUUGGCGUGUGCCCGAAAAACAAGGACGAGGAAGUUGAGGAUCUUCUUGACCUUCUGUGUGUACCGAGGUCGAUGCGAGAGAAGAAGGUUCUCAUGCGCACCACCAAGGGCCGCUGGCCGACCAUCUGGGGUGAUGACAAGCCACGAGAGCUUAUCACAACGCGCCGAGAGGUGCUGAGCUGGUGCUCAGAUAUUCAGAGUUACGCCCCAACAAAGGCGCUGUUCCGACUUUUGGCCGAAUACACCACCGAGGAAAAUGAGAAAAAGAUUCUCGAGUAUCUUUCAUCUGCACAGGGCCAAGGUGCUUUCUGUGAUCUCCGUACCAGCUCUCACAUCACUCUUUCCCAGUUGCUCCACGCCUUUCCCUCUUCUCAGCCUCCUUUGGAUCAUCUUCUUUCCGUGCUCAACACUCUGAUGCCUCGAUUCUACUCCUUGUCCCAAGAUCCCAUGAUCUCUUGUCGGUUCAAGGGCACUGAAUGUCGCCGAUUGGUUGAAGUUGCUGUAACCGUCGCCGAUUCGAACGACUGGCGAGGUGGCAAGCGAACUGGUGUGGGAUCUGGCUUCCUUGAACAGCUGGCCCAGCGGGCCAUUAAGGCUGAAGCUGCUGGUGAGAAGAUUGAUGUCCACGUGCCUAUGUUCCGCGGUCUAAUGGCCAAUCCACUUGCCACUCGUUUCGCAUCUGACGGCCCUAUGCUUCUCAUCGGUGCUGGUGUCGGAAUUGCCCCAUUCCGUGGUUUCGUUCAGCGUCGUUUGCAAUCUGCAAACUGUGCCAACAAGGUCUGGGUCCUCCAGGGUGUGCGCGACUCAUUACUUGAUGAACUCUACAGUGGCGAGUGGGGUGUUCAUGAAGAUAAGGUUCGCACCGUCGUCCAGAGCCGUCGUGGUGAGAGCCGCUAUGUCCAGGAGGAGGUCCGCCACCAGGCCGACUUGGUUUGGUACGUGAUCAACGCCCUUGAUGGCCGUGUCUUUGUUUGCGGUAGCGGCAAAGGCAUGGGCGAAGGUGUUGAGGCUGCUCUUAUUGAAGUCGCCAUGGCCAAGGGCAACUUGAACUCCCAGGAAGCAGAGCUAUUCUGGCAGCGCAAGAAGGAAGCUGGCCAGUACAUUGCUGAGACCUGGUAA